AAUUCAACUAUUUUACCUUUGGACGGUAUUACAAUCCUUAGUGUGGUUCCAAAAUGGAUGCCAACUUUAUCUGGCUGGCCUGCGUUUUUUGAUGAAUUCGCCGAGGCUGGCUACAAUAUGGUUCACUUUGCACCACUCAAUCAGCGCGGUAUUUCAAACUCACCAUACUCGAUAUAUGAUCAGCUGGCUUUUUCUGAAGAUCUGUUUGAUCAGAAAAAUCUUACAGAGCCAGAAAAGGAAGAGAUUAUGAAGAAUAUGGUCAAAACUAUCCAUUCCAAAAAUAAGAUUCUGAGUAUCACUGAUAUUGUUUGGAACCAUACUGCCUGCAAUAGUUCUUGGCUGUUGGAACAUCCGGAAGCUGGUUACAAUCUUAAAACUGCUCCGCAUUUGAGACCUGCAUAUGAACUGGACGAUGCUAUUCUUCAAUUUUCAGAUGACAUUGCAACCGUACAUGGUAAAUCAGCAACAGUCAAGAAUGAUCAAGAGCUUGUGGACAUUGUUCAUUUGUUUUAUGCAAAAAAUCUAUUGGAAUUGAAUCUUUGGCAGUUCUAUGUUGUUGAUUCAGCUACACUUUUCAAGCAGUUUCGCGAAAAGUGGACUUGUUUAAAACAAAACACUUUAGAGUCCUCUGAAUUUGAUCCCAAUUUAUAUCAGUCUACUGAUUUUACGAGACUUUCUUUAGAAGAACGAGACCGUGUGUUUUACAAGGAUGCUUUUGAAAAUCCCAAAACCUAUCAAAGAUUUUCCAAAUCUAUAAAGCUUUCUAUUGCCAUGUCGUUUGUUUAUAAGCUUUCUGCAGAUCUUGGUAUUUCCAAUACUGAUCAGCAGAUUGACUUGUUUGUCAAAUUGGUCAAUAAUUUAAAUAUGCCAUUCUACCACGAGUGUGACGAAGACUUGGUUUGCAUCAAGGAUCAGAUUUUAAAUCGUGCUCGAUACUUGCGCAUUGCCGAGCAUGGUCCGAAACUUGGCGAAAUUACCAGGUACACGCCUAUCGUUGACACCUACUUUACGCGUCUUCCCGUAAAUCACAUCACUCAAAACAGACAUCCUGACGAGCUUUGUCUUGCGAGUAAUGGCUGGAUUUGGAAUGCUGACCCAUUGAUCAAUUUUGCUGCAGAGGAAAGCAAAGCUUACUUGCGUCGUGAAGUUAUUUCCUGGGGAGAUUGUGUUAAGCUGAGGUACGGAAAUGGACCUCAAGAUAAUGAAUGGCUUUGGCAGCAUCAAAUUGCGUAUACUCGCAAAAUGGCCAGUAUAUUUCAUGGUUUGCGAAUUGACAACUGCCACUCAACUCCAAUUCAUGUUGCCCAGCAUCUUUUGGACAUUGCGCGUUCAGUCAAUCCUGAUUUAUAUGUUUUUGCAGAGCUAUUUACCGGAUCUGAAGAAAAGGAUAUUCUUUUUAUUUCUAAACUUGGCAUCAAUUCUUUAAUUCGUGAGGCGAUGAAUGCAUGGGAUCCACAAGAAAUGAGUCGAACCAUCCAUCGUCAGGGAGGAACUCCCAUUGGAUCAUUUACUAUCCCAGCAGAAUAUAUUCCCCUGGAAAUGCUUGGCCACGAUAUGAAUUCAGAUUUUUACGAGUCUUCCUGCGAAAGCACCGAACUUGCUGUUGAGCUUCACGGAUCCAAACCUCACAUUAUGCUUAUGGAUUGCACACACGACAACGAAACUCCAUAUCAGAAACGCACUGCUGAAGACUCGCUCUCCAAUGCUGCUCUAGUAACCAUGUCAACAUGUGCCGUUGGAAGUGUCAAAGGGUAUGACGAAAUUGUUCCCGAGCUUUUAAAUGUUGUCACAGAGAGUCGUAAGUAUAGACUUCCCGAUAGCUUUGAGGGGAUUUUCCCUGCCAAGUCUAUUCUCAACAUUUUGCAUACAAAGAUGGCGCGUGAAGGAUACCAUGAGAUUCAUGUCAAUCAAGAGCAUGAUUAUAUUUCUGUCCAUCGAGUUCAUCCAGUGACCCAUGAUGGAUACCUUCUUAUUGCACGCUGUGCCUUUCGUGGCAAUUCCGGGAAAUCUGGGCCAACUCAUUCUCCAAUUAUUCUGCGCAAUCAAUCUGUUCAUGUUCUAGAAUCUGCUACACUUACUGUUCAAACUGGUGAGUCGCGACGUGUGCUUGGAUACAUUUCUGGACUUCCUUCUAUACUCGAAUUUUCUACAGUGUUGAGCCAGAUUACUCACUCGUUUGUGGAUUCAGUGGGUGAUAAUGGGGAUGUUCAGACUGUUAUUUUAAUUGAUGGAAAUCAUUUUGAACCUGGUAGCAUUGUUUUAUAUCGUACCUGGGUUCUAUGGUUUACUUCUCAAAACAGCAACUGGGCACCUGAUUUAUACAACGCGGUGAAUGAUUUGGAUGCAAGAGAUUUGAAUACUGCUUUAUUUCGUGUUGCUUCUGAAGAGGAGGAUGUAACAGGUGAUUCAACAUAUGAUGUACCCGGAUAUGGUCCGUUACCCUACUGUGGACUUCAAGGAAUCGUGUCUGCGCUUGUUCAUAUUGCAAGAGGAAAUGAUUUGCAUGCUGAAUUGUUUGACAACUUGCGUCGUGGUAAAUGGCUUUCAGAUUAUGUUGUAAACCGUUUAAACAAAGCAGUCGAAGCAUACCCUGCUCUUGAAAAGCUACGCAACUGGCUGAAAACUCGACUUUGUUUAGUAAACGAUAUUUCACCUUCGCUGAUUCCAAAGUACUUUGCUAUUGUGAUUAUGCUUGCAUAUCAAGGACUCAAGUAUCGAGCACUGACUCUAGGAACAGGUGAACUUUCGCUUAGACAGAUGAAUUCGGGACAUACCUCAUCACUGGAACAUUUUGGCGAAGGGUGUUUAAUGACAACUUAUCAACUUUACGGUCUGGUUAAUUCCACAAGUCUUUUCCCGAAACCUUAUCCGCUUGACAUUUACGGCCCAGAAAAAAUGAACUGGUCAAAUACACAGCACACUCCGAGUCUUGCAGCUGGCUUGACCCAUUUUUCUACACAUCAUAUGCGGUGUUGGGGGCGGGACAUUUUUAUUUCUCUCCGUGGGCUGUUUUUAUAUCCUGGACACUUUUCAGCCGCCCGAUCACACAUUAUUGCUUUUGGAUCUACACUUCGUCAUGGUCUAAUUCCAAAUUUGCUUGAUCAAGGCAACAGACCGAGAUACAAUGCUCGCGAUGCGACUUGGUUUUGGAUGAGCAGUGUACGUGAUUAUUGUCGUCUUUCUCCAGAGGGAUAUGAUUUUCUUGGUGUAGUUGUUGCACGUCGUUUUAUUCCAAUCAAACGGUACACCUCUGGGUUUGGUAGUACUGCCGAUCAAGGUCCUGAGCGGGAAGAUGCUGAUACGUUUAUUGAACCUUCUGAUCCUAGAACCUAUCAAUUUACCAAUACCAUUGCAGAACUGUGCCAAGAAAUUCUUGAACGUCAUGCUCGAGGUAUCAAGUUUCGCGAAUGGAAUGCUGGUCCUUCGCUUGAUCAUGCCAUGCGCUCUGAUGGGUUUGAAAUUGAAAUUACUACCGAUUGGGCAACUGAUAGUCCAUUGCGCGGAUUUACACGUGGCGGAAAUCAAUGGAAUUGUGGUACUUGGAUGGACAAGAUGGGUGAUUCUGAAAAGGCGGGCAUAUAUGGUGUUCCUGCUACUCCUCGUGAUGGAUCUGCAGUUGAGCUUGUCGGUCUUUUAAAGUGCAUACUUGAUUGGAUUUCUACUGAAGUUUUGAUCAAAGGAAAACAGUGGUGGAGAUGGGCUGGUGUCAUGGUUCCAGUUGACAACACGGACUCGCUUAUUCAGUACUCAGUAUGGAACAAUCUAUUGUUGAAAUCGUUUGAAAAAGUGUUUUAUAUCCCAUUAAAUUGCAAUGACGAUAGCAAAUACCAUGCUGUGCGAUCCGAGCUUGUUAAUCGUCGUGGAAUUUACAGAGAUGUUGUAUCGGCCACUCUUCCAUAUACCGAAUAUCAACUGCGACCUAAUAUCUGUAUUGCUAUGGCUCAUGCUCCGGAAUUGUUUGAUCCGGAUCAUGCCAGACAUGCACUGACUGUGAUAAAAGAGUCUCUUCUUGGUCCACUUGGCAUCAAGACUUUAGAUCCAAAAGAUUGGGCUUAUCGUGGGAUGUAUGACAAUGGAAACGAUUCAACCGAUUCGACAGUUGCUCAUGGAUUCAACUAUCAUCAAGGCCCUGAAUGGCUAUGGGUUAUGGGCUACUUUAUUCGUGCAUAUAUUCAGUUUUUCACCGUGAUUCCUGGUCAUGAUCCCGCCAUGGUGGAAAAAGAGCUUGUGUGGGUUCAGCGUCAACUCCUCACUCACAAACGGCACUUGUUCAACACACAGACCAAUCCAUUUGCAGGACUUCCCGAACUUACCAAUCAAAAUGGCGCAUACUGCUCUGGAUCUUGUGUUACCCAAGCUUGGAGCACGGCAGUUAUGCUAGAGGUUGUUCAAGAUCUUUUUGCAUUAAAGCAUUAA